AUGGCGUCCUCCCGUCUUCUCCUCCUCGUCGCCGCCUCACUGCUCUGCGGCGCCGUCCCGCUCAUCUCUGCCUCCUCGCGGAACACCCGCCUCCCUGCCAGCAGCCUCCCAGGCGGCGCCUCCACGCCGAACACCACCGUCGACUCGGCCGGCGGCGGCAAGGUGUACACCAAGGUGUGCGACGCGACGCGGUUCGCGGGUCUGGGCCUGGAUAUGGCGGCGUUCCCCUAUUGCAACGCGUCGCUGCCCUACGCGGAGCGGGUGCGCGACCUCGUCGGCUGGAUGACCGUGGAGGAGAAGGUCGGCAACCUCGGCGACCUCUCCCGUGGCGCGCCACGCGUCGGCCUGCCGCCCUAUCGGUGGUGGGCCGAGGCGCUGCACGGCGUCGCCAGCACCGGCCCGGCCACCCUCUUCGACGACGUCGGCGCCAAGAACCACUCCGGCCGCGUCGCCGUCAACAACGCCACCGUCUUCGCCAACGUGAUCAACAGCGCCGCCUCCUUCAACGAGACCCUAUGGAAGUCCAUCGGUCAGGCAGUGUCGACGGAGGCCCGGGCGAUGUACAACCUCGGCAAGGGCGGGCUGACGUACUGGAGCCCCAACAUCAACGUGGUGCGCGACCCGCGGUGGGGGCGUGCCCUCGAGACGCCCGGCGAGGACCCCUACGUCGUCGGCCGCUACGCCGUCAACUUCGUGCGCGGCAUGCAGGACGUCCCUGGCCACGACGGCGAUGGCGACCCCUUCUCCCGGCCGAUCAAGACGUCCACCUGCUGCAAGCACUAUGCCGCCUACGACCUCGACAACUGGCUCAACCACACCCGCUUCGACUACGACGCGCGCGUCACCGAGCGUGAUAUGGUCGAGACCUUCCUCCGCCCCUUCGAGAUGUGCGUCCGCGAGGGCGACGCCAGCAGCGUUAUGUGCUCCUUCAACCUCGUCAACGGUGUCCCCGCCUGCACUGACGCGCGCCUCCUCUCCCAGACCAUCCGCGGUGACUGGCAGCUCCAUGGCUACAUCGUCUCCGACUGUGACGCCGUCCAGGUCAUCGCCGAUGACAUCAAGUGGCUCAACUACACCGGCGCGGAGGCCGGCGCCGCCGCGCUCAAGGCUGGGCUCGACCUCGACUGUGGCCAGGCCUGGAAGGUGAAGGACGGCAAGAUGAUCGGCGAUUACCUCAGCAUGUACGGCAUGACCGCCGUGGCCGAGGGGAAGAUGCGCGAGUCUGACAUCGACAACGCGCUCAAGAAUCAGUUCAUGACGCUCAUGAGGGUCGGAUACUUCGACGACAUCCCGCAGUACGCAUCCCUCAACGAGACGGACAUAUGCACCGACGAGCACAAGAGCCUCGCCCUCGACGGCGCCAGGCAGGGGAUGGUGCUCCUCAAGAACGAGAACAGCAUGUUGCCGUUGGACCCGAAGAAGAUUGGUGCCAUCGCUGUGCACGGCCCGCACGUCGAGGCACCAGAGAGUGUCAUGGACGGGGGUUACACAGGCCCACCGUGCCGGUACGUGACGCCACGCGAAGGUAUAAGCCAGGAUGUGAAGAUCUCACACCACGCCAACAUUAGCAUCUACUUCGGUGGCAUAAACCUACACAUUGAGAUGGAGGGCAACGACAGAGAGGAUAUUCUCCUGCCCAAGAACCAAACAGAGGAGAUCCUCCGUGUCGCCGCAGCCUCACCAAACCCGAUCGUCCUGGUGCUCUUGUCAGGAGGCGGCCUCGAUGUGUCCUUUGCGCAGAACAACCCGAAGAUCGGUGCCAUCCUCUGGGCCGGGUACCCUGGUGGUGAAGGUGGCAACGCCAUUGCCGAUGUCAUCUUUGGGAGAUGCAAUCCUGGAGGAAGGCUGCCACUGACAUGGUACAAGAACAAAUACAUCUACCAGAUCCCCAUGACGUCCAUGGAUUUCCGCCCGGUGCCGAAGCACGGGUACCCCGGCAGGACGUACAAGUUCUACGACGGCCCGGAGGUGUUGUACCCCUUCGGCCACGGCCUCAGCUACACCAAGUUCCUCUACGAGACCUGCUGCAACGGCACCACCAUCAAAAUGCUGACCGCCGGCCGCCACUGCAAGGAGCUCAGCUACAACCCCAGCGCAUCCUUGGCCGCCCCAGCCUGCCCCGCGAUCAACGUCGACGGCCACGCCUGCACCGAGACCGUGAGCUUCAACGUCAGCGUGAUCAACGGCGGCGGCAGGGACGGCGCCCACGCCGUGCUGGUGUACACCGUACCGCCGCCCGAGGUGGCUGACGCGCCCAUCAAGCAGGUGGCCGCGUUCCGGCGGGUGUUCGUGCCGGCGUGGAGCACCGCCACCGCGCGGUUCACGCUGAACGUGUGCCGGGCGUUCGGCAUCGUGGAGCGGACGGCGUACACCGUCGUGCCGUCCGGGGUCAGCACCGUGCUCGUCCAGAACGGCGACUCGUCGGUGUCUUUCCCCGUCAAGAUCGAGUUUUCCGUCUAG